ACUCAGUGAAGGUUGGAGGUGCGUUGAGGGGCGUUCCAAUGUGUUGUGUUGCGUUGACUGCAAGUUGUGUUGGUUAGGCACAGAAUUCAAUAGUACAGAUUUUCUGUGUCUUCAGAAUUAAUGCUGUGACUGUAGUUUCUUUCGAUUUCGAAGCUUUAUAAACACGUGCGUUUUUCAAAGAUGAUAAGUAUGAUCAGUGAUCACCUCUUCUGCUGCUGCUUGUUGUGACUGAAAGUGUAAAGUGACCCGCGUUAUAAUUUAUGAGGGAACUGAAGUCGUAAAUAUAUAGUUUCACCGGGACAGUGACCAUCAUGCGCCGCACAAUGGUACGGACGCAAGAGGAACUGGACGACAUCGAGGACAACAAAUGGCGACGGAAAUCCUACGCCUUGGCGCAGCACAACGCUCUACCUAUCCCCAUGCCCCUCCCCGUAUAUCCACCUCCCAAGCCCUGUCCUCCCCCUUCAUCGUUCCGACCUCCAAGAACAGGUCCUCGCCCUCCGUUCAGGCCAACUACAUGUUAUCGGCCCUCUGCGGGUUAUCGCCCGUCAAAAGUUGCAAAUCUCCUGCCCGUGAUGCCAGAGAUUCUUCCCACGCUGUCAGAGGUUGGUGGAGUGACCCCUGAGAUAUCCCCACGAAAUGCGAAUCACAUUCUUGCCAACCCCAACAGAGCCCUAAAGGCAGUACGCCCCCCAAAGGUUAACAUCCCUCCAGUAUUAACAACAGCACGACCUCUUCCUCCUACACCAACAAAGUCCCCAGCUGAAUCUGCAAACUCCACGGCUUUACCGACAAAGCCAUCACCAAGACUGAAAAGUCCACCAGCUCUACCGACCAAUCCACCACCGAUAACCAGGAAACCCGUGUCACAACACAAAUAUCCUCCGUCGACACCUAAAAUUCUUCCCCCAUCAUUGGCAAGUAGGCCCCCACCACCACAAGUCAGUCUACAACCACCGCAAAUACAUCCCCAACCAGAACAGGCCAGUAUGCAACAACCGCAGACACAUCCUCAACCAGAACAAGCCAAUCUGAAACAACCGCAAACACAUCCUCAACCAGAACAGGCCAGUCUGCAACAACCACAGACACAUCCUCAACCAGAACAGGCCAGUCUACACCCACCACGGACACACCCUCAACCACAACAGGCCAGCCUACAGCUAUCACAGACAUAUCCCCCAUUAGAAUCCACGAAUCCUUCACCACUGUCGGCAGAAUGCCCACCAGCAGAGAUAAAUCCGUCACAAAUAACCACAUCGACAAGUAACCCAUCACUAUCGACUGAGUCUCUACCAAUCGCAGUAGUUGUCACACCAACCCAUAAAGAAAAUCCACCAACCCAAACAGAUUACCCACCACCUCAGGCCAGUUCACCACCAGCGCAGAGGAAUCCACAACCAGUACAGGUAAAUCCACCACCAGAACUGGCAAGAACGACUAAUCCUUUGCUUACAGAAAUAAAUCCCCCAACAAAACAAACAAAUCCUCUCCCAGAACAAACAAGUCCCUCUUCCACAUCAAACAAUAACAACCUUCCACCAACGCCCACCUCCCAAGAUUUGCCUCCCACACCGACAUCCCUGAGUCGUUCACCUACACCCACGUCACUCAGCUGCCCACGAACGCCGACGUCAAUCCGCGCAGCACCAUGGCAGCCAUACUUCCCCCCAACGCCCCUCUCCAGAACACCAAGAAUGACGCCAACGCUUACAUCGGUAACACCAGGGACGUCGCCGACUCCUAGCUCGAAGACCUCUGGGGCAUCCCCCGUGCCCAUUAUCGCCAACAGCCAGGUGUUACCCCCGACGCCGCCUUCGUCAACGUCACACGUCGGGGUAGGCAGCGUCACGCCCGCCUCUUCUGUGUCUUCGCUCAACCAUGUUACAGGGCAGAGCAAAAUAAUGGAGAGGGGCGAAGUACAGUUUAUACCGGAUAUGGCUGAUGCGUCUUCCAAGCUAUCUUACCCUGCCGUUCUAGACGUGAACAUUCUCAACAUUAAUGUGGCUGACAAGGUUGUGACAGUGAUUAAAAACCCUGUUGCAGAAACGGACCCCAACAGUCCGUCCAUUACAACAGCUCCACAAGAUGAAGCUUACCAAACAUACUCCACAAGAUUUUGGAUUUUAGCAGUGUUUUCACUCAUUGCCUUUUUACAAACUGUAGUAUGGGGAACGUUUGGACCAAUUUCCGAGUCUGCAUUGGUAGCAUUCCCUAGUUGGACAGAAGCCACUAUAGCUGCUUUUCCAAACUGGGGACCUAUUAUUGUUGUUUUGUUCACCAUUCCCAUGAUGUGGCUCACUCAAAAGCUAGGUCUUCGGUUAGCGGUGUUAACAUGUGCCAUACUGCUCACAAUUGGGACGGUGAUUCGAUGCUUCUCUUCUCAGGAAACCCCAUUCACUGUGUUGUGCCACAUUAGCUCCAUAUUGUUUGCAUUUGCUGCCUGCAUGACAUUGUCUCUACCUGCCAUGGUUGCUGCAACUUGGUUUCCUCCAAACGAAAGGAUCACUGCCACUGCUGUUGGGGCUCUCAUGUGCCAAUUAGGGGGUGCUGCAAUGUAUAUGGGGGCCCUGGUUGUGAGGUCUCCCAGCAAGAUUCCUACAAAUGAGGAGCGAGCGGAAAUUCGUAGUGAUAUAAUGAUACUCAUGUAUAUUCACUUUGGUGCUGCCGCUCUGUUGCUGCUGAUUGUUAUUGUGUAUUUCCCAGCCAAGCCACCAACCCCACCUUCAGCAUCAUCAGCAACAGAAAAGAUAGACUUCUUCAGUGGCAUCAAGGGCAUCCUCAAUAAUGUUCAACAGCUGUUGGUGAUAAUAGCAUAUGCCUUCUCAUUUGGUAUCCCUGCUGUUUGGAUUGGAGUCUUGAACCUGUCUCUAAUUGACAUUCAAAUACAUCAGGAGCAAGCCAUAGGGGUAGCAGUGACAGCAGUGGUGUGCUCUAGUCUAGCAGCAUUUAUCACUGCCAGAAUUACAGAUAAGGUGUAUGGGCACUUGAGAGUCACAAUUAUUGGGUUCUUGGUGUUAUCAUCACUUUUCUUCCUCUGGUUCCUUCUUCUGUCAACUCAAGUUAUUGUUCCAAGCCUUGCUCAGGUGUAUGUGGCAGUGGCAGGUGGUGUGUCAUUUGAGUAUGCAACUAUGCCAGUGUUGGUAGAACUAGCUAUUGAGAUUGGCUAUCCUAUUCCUGAAAGUGUCACUGGAGCCAUUCUCACCUUCUGCUUCAAUCUGGUUGCCUUGGUCUUUCUUGGUCUUUAUCAAAUCAACAGCAGCACUCACACAUGGGUUAGUUGGGUCCUCUUCGCCUGUGUCUCACUGACUGUGCUGCCGCUCUUGUUUGUGAAAGAGACACACAAGAGAUCUGAUACAGAUAGAAAAUAUAUAUAGUGAGAUAUUAGAUUAUAUAAUAAUUAAUAUGGUUCCAACUAAUGAAGGUAAUCAUGCAUAAAUUUCAGAAGAAUCCUCAUGAAAGAUGUACAGUAUAUAUACAGUAUAAAUAUUAGUCAUGUGAUGAUGUCACAUGAAUUUAAUUAGCUAUGGUUUACAUAAGUAUUUGUUAAUAAACUACUUAGCAAAUUUUUUGUACAGGAAUAUCAUUACAAAAAGAUUAUAUUUUUAAAAAUAGCUUUGUAACAUUCAUAAUACUGUACUGAUAACUAUGUAAAUUAAUGUAAGGUUUUACAAAUAACUAACUGUAUCACGAAGCUCACUUCAAUGUCUUAUUAUCAAUUUAAAAAAUCUCUGUUAUUUUGAUUACAUAUUUAUAUCUGUCCACCAACCUAACUAACUAACUGUAAUGGAUGAGGUGAAACUGAAAUAGACCCUAUCAUCUUCUGCUUAUACUGGUUAAGGCAAAGUGAAUUGUGGCAUCCACACUGCUUGCAUGUUAGCAAUUAUUCACUGCUCGUCAAUGCAAUACAUUAGUAAAUUUAAUAAGCAUUCUAUAUCAGUUCACUCCUCCAAUUAUACACUUCUCCUAUGGAGUGUAUGAGUUUGUAAAAUCCCAUAGUUAUUUAGUGAUGUAAUGCUGUAAUUGAAAAGAUAUUACAGAGGUCACAAAAACUUGCCCUUGACCAAGCUGCCACAAGAAAUAUAGUGUAUUGACAUACCAGAUGAGAAUCAUAGAAGUAACUUUUGCAGAGGCAUCACACUCAAAUGGACAAAUAUCUAACUUCACCAAGCAGUACAGUACAGGUACUUCCUUGAUGCCAGUGAAUGUGUUGCUGGUUUGGCUAGUCAAUGAAACAUGUCUUAAAAUGGAAUUAUAAAGAGCCCUUUAAUUGUUGAGCUAUUUACUGGUGUAUAUAGCAGACCCUCAAUAAAUUGCAAGAGUUGGACUGAAAAUUACUGUGAAAUAGCAAAUUGCAAUACCUUGUAUAUCAAUUUAUUUCAGUAGGAAAUAUAGGGGACGGUACAGGAGCCCCCCCCCCAAAAAAAAAAAAUUAAUAAUAAUUAUAUAAAGCAUUAGUUCA